GAAGACAUGCUAAAAACGAAAUUUUGCAAACUGAUUUGAAUGAAAAUUAUAGAGUCAAUACGAAAACAAAGGACAAAACAUCCGGUCAUUCGACAGACACUCAAAACAAAUGGAAAGAUAAAGAAAAUGAUAUCGAUGAUGAAAACAAAACAAUGACAUACGGAGGAGAAUAUGACUUCUCCGAUGAAUCUUCUGAUAGCAUAUCUAAGAGAGACAAGAUAACACGAAGAAACACAAGACAUUCUUCAAAGAUGCCAAAAGCGGACAAAUGUGAUACCAGCGACACGAGAAGACAUGCUAAAAAUGAAAGUUUGCAAACUGAUAGAAAUUUGGAAGAAAAUAAUACAGUCUAUACGAAGGACAAAACAUCCGACCAUUUGACAGAUACAAAAAAGAAAUGGAAAGAUAAAGAAAAGGAUAUCGACGAUGAAAACAAAACAAUGACAUACGGAGGAGAAUAUGACUUCUCCGAUGAAUCUUCUGAUAGCAUAUCUAAGAGAGACAAGAUAACACGAAGGAACACAAGACAUUCUUCAAAAAUGCCAAAAGAGGACAAAUGUAAUACCAGCGACACGAGAAGACAUGCUAAAAAUGAAAGUUUGCAAACUGAUAGAAAUUUGGAAGAAAAUGAUACAGUCCAUACGAAGGACAAAACAUCCGACCAUUUGACAGAUACAAAAAAGAAAUGGAAAGAUAAAGAAAAGGAUAUAGAUGAUGAAAACAAAACAAUAACAUACGGAGGAGAACAUGACUUUUCCAAUGAAUCUUCUGAUAGCAUACCUAAUAGAGACAAGAUAAAACGAAGAAACACAAGACAUUUUUCAAAGAUGGCAAAAGAGGACCGGAAAUGUGACACCAGCGACAUCAGAAAUAAGAAGAAAACAACGACAUACAGAGAAGAGUAUGAUACCUCAAAUGAAGCGUCUGAUGACAAAUCUAAGUGGGAAAAAAUAAAAAGAAGACACAGAAGACGUUCUUUAGAGGUACCAAAGGAAAAUCGCGAUAUAACGGACGUGGUAAGACAUGCUACGAAUGGAUUUUCGCUGACUAGAGGGGAUAUAAAAAGCGAUAAUACAGACUGCUCAAAAAUAAAGGACAACAAUGCUGGCAAUUUGUCAGAUGAUUAUAAGAAAACGCAAAAGGAUAAAGCAAAUGCUUGGAUCAAAUGUGUUGAAAUGUUAGACGUAAGAGCCGCUGAACGACUCUUGCAAAACGAUAAUAUACCAGACCAAGAGUCAGUUAUAUUAGCCUGUAUUAAGUUUGGGAGAAAACAUCAAAUAGUGAAAGACAUGUGUAAAAAAGUAUGUACCUAUAUACAAAAUCAGCAGCCAGAAAAUAUAAGAUCUGUUUGGCCUUCUUAUAGAUACGUACAAAAUGCUCCUUUUGACAUGUACUCCGAAAAUGAUGUCGUUUUUGUUAUAGUGACAAAAUCAGAAACAAGCAUAGAUGUUGAAAAGAUAAAGAUGUAUAAGACAUAUGUGCGCGCCUCAUCUGAAAUCAGCCAAGAAAGUAGGGCUGUAAAUGAACAUGAAACACGAGUAACACAGUAUCGAGACAAAAACAUUAAAAGAAAACGAAAAAAGAUUGUUAAAUAUCUUGAUGACAACAUUGACAAUUUGUUGUCUAAACAUAGUAAUAUUACAACAGUUUCGGCAAGUUUGUUUAAAUCGAGAAAUUUUAAACAGGGGCAUAAGCACUUCGAAGAAAACUUGUGUAUUGUAUUAUAUGUUCAUGUAAAAGGUUACGUACCAUUACACGAAGAUCCAUUUGAUCGGAAAAUAGAUGAAUAUGACGUUGACGUACGUGAAUGUGUUUUUACACCUCUAAUGUGUGGUCCAAACGAUUUUCAUUCCAUUCUUAAAAUGGGACUAGAAAUUGGAACAUUGUUAACUAAACCCGGUACAUCGGGCAAUAUUGGCACACUUGGUCAUGUAGACCCUUUUGAACCGAGAUAUUUUGUUACCUGCGCACAUGUUGUUAUGAGCAGUGAGGAACUAAUAUCACUGUCAGAAAGCAGAAUAGAUGUUGAAAUAUAUCAACCUAUUCAGCAUGAAAGCCGUAAAAUAUGUGGCCGUGCUAUUCGUGCAGUUUACUUCCAGGAGACAGAUGUAAAUAGAGUAGGCGUUGAAGCUGCCCUUGUAGAAAUUGUUGAUAGGGGUUCAACAGGAUUCGAGUUACCAUAUUCGCCUAUAUUAGAAGAACUGGAAUUGACAGGAAACUUGUCAGAAGUUCUACAGAGUGGUAUAUAUAGGCCAAACUAUGGUAAGGAUCAAAUUAAAUUGAUUAAAUAUGGCUGUGUAAGCAACGUGACUCAAGGAAAGUACACGUUUUUCAAUCCAAGUAUAACUUUAGAGACAAAUGGAAUAAGGUUACGAAACCAAAUUACAAUAAUACACUCACAUGAUUUUGAACAAUUUGCUGUCCAAGGUGACUCAGGAGCUGUAGUUUUUGAAUUCAUUGAUGAUAAAUUGUAUCCUACGUGUAUGAUAGAGGGAACAAUGGGGGACGGUAGAAUUGUAGCAACGCCUCUUAUAAAUGUUCUAGUAGCUCUCCAUAUUAGAAAACCAGAAGAUGUGAUAAAGUUAUAUAACAGUGAAAGCGAUGAUUUAGACAUGGAUAGUUCAGAUACAGAAACAUGUGUGUUCGAUAACGAUAUGGAAAUUGAGUAA